AUGUCGUCGCAGGACCCGAGCUCCGGCGGGAGGUGGCAACGGACGACGAGGAGCGGGAAGCCCCUCGCCCCGCAGGCCCCGCCGCCGGCCACCGGAUCCAGAUCCAGCGGCCCCGCCUUGCCGCUGCCCGGCCUGCAUCGCCAGGGGCGCGACCGGGCCUCCUCGACGCCGCCGCCUCCACCGGUCGCCCCGACCCCCGCCGCCCCCAGCCGCGGCUGCUGCCCCGACCCCCGCUGCCGCCCCGACCCCGGCCACCCCGACCCCGACCACCGUCGCUGCGGCCCCCACCGCCGACCCUGCCUCCCCCACCGCGCCCGCCGUGGCCCACAUGCCACCGCCACCGUCAAGGAACCUCAGACUCGCGUUGAAGAGGUGCCUGAGAAGCCACCGGUUGUGGAGGGAGAAGUCCAAGAAGAAGCGGGAGCAUCUUCCUCGGGCUCGGAAAUUGCCAUGAGCGAUGGCUUCGAGCAUGGUGAAGGAGCCGAGGAGCAGUUGUUCCUUGAAGCAGCUGCUCCUUGA